UACAUUCUCUAGGCCCGGCUUCCCUUCCUUCUGGUUCGUACAAUUUCUGAUCUGAGCUCUUUAUAUUCCAUGUAUUCAUUCUAAUGCAGUUUACGGUUAAUUUUUCUUUAUUUCCCUCUUCAUAGAGCCGCCUGGUAUUCAAAAUUGGUACUCCAGUUAUGUAUAUGAAUCUCUGGAAUUGAAUACUUUGGAUGUUUUCAAAGACUGUGACGGACUCAAAGUAGAUGAUUCUGCAAAUAAAAAAGACAACAACUUGGGUGAAAAUGGAACGGAUGGUAAACGUAAUCCUACUUUUAUUGCCGGAGAGAAGGGAUCUUCAUAUGCUUUUGCAAAGAGAAAUGACCCCAUCGGAUUUGCUGAUUUUAAGUCUGCGGCAGAGAUCAUGGAAUCUUCAGAUACACACCCAUUUUCUUUAGAGCCUCUGGGCAUUAAGAAUUGGUUCUCGAGCUAUGUGUAUGAAUCCCCGCUGAGUAAUGAUGCUAGUUUUACUGUUUCUGAUUUUAAAGAAAGGGAAGUUAAAGGAAAGGUAUAUGUGGCUGAAAUAGACAACAGCAAAAUGGAAGAUAAAUCUAGGGAUUCCACUGAAGUUGGAAACUCAAGUGAUUUGUUAAAUCAGAGACGAAUAUCUGCUGUAACUGUUAAAUGCAACAGCUUGGUUAAAGAGGAAGAGCAUGACCAGCAACCUAUCAGUGAGGAUAGCUGCGAAGCUGCGGGGACGCUAAGCUUAUCUGUACUGAAUGACUUGACUUCUGGAAGGAUACCUCAAGAAAUCUCGCCACCAAAGAGACAGCAUGAUCAUGAUAAAGGUUUAAUGGAAGAAAGUAGAAAAUCCAAAGAUGAUGGAGAUUAUAGUGGAAAGUCAGAUUGCCAAAGUUCGGACACGAAAUUAAGUUCUGAAAAUCAGGAUGGAAAAUCUCUUCAGAAGUUGAUUGAGAGGAAGGAUUACACUGAAAUCAGCCCUAAAGAGAAACAUAUUCAAGUGGACUGUGAAAGUGUGCAACCUAGCAACUUGAGUUUGACUAUACUUGAACAAAAAUCCAUGAAAAAGCUGGCUGAAAGAAGGAAUGAAAAAGAAAAUAUUGAGGGAACUGAGUUAGCAGAAAAUGGUUUCAUUUCAACGAGAAAGAGCAAAAGCAGAGAAGUGAACAGUGAGAAUAUUGAAAGGCCACAUAGAAUCCCACCAAAAUCUUUGAGAAAUGGGGUAACGAUUUCAUCGAACCAGAAUGAGGAUUCUAAGACAACAAGAAAGGUUCUGUGUGAGACUACAAAUUUUCAACAGUAUGCUAAUGCAAUAGAAAGUAGAGGAAAAUGGCGUUGUCCUCAGAAGAGCAAACCAGAGCUUGGGCCUCCUUUGAAGCAGCUUAGACUAGAGCGAUGGAUUCGUCCAAGUUAACGCACAUUAUUUUUGAGGGGGACGACUAUUCUGGAUUAGAAACUCACUUCCAUCAGUCCGAGUACUGAGUACAAAGACUAAGACCCUUGAAUUGAUUUUUGCUUUUAUAUUUUCCUAUCAGUUUGUUCAGGCAAUAUUUGUUUGGUAGGAUUAGAUAAUGCUCGACAAUGUUAAAAUCCUGUU